CGAUAAGAUAACCUUCUUAUUGACCUUCUUUCGUGAAUCUGUAUGGAAAGCACACACAUUCUUGAUCGUCUGUCACGCUCAUCUUUCUUUUUCUGGCACAUCUAACAACGCUAUUCCGACGUUCGCUGUUCUUUCUUGAGCGGUGAUGUCUGGUUACCAUCCCUAUAAACAGGGCGAAUCGUCCAAAUCGCCAGGACAGCCCAGCAACUACACGCCGGGGGAUGAAGCUGUCGCGAUAUCCCAGGCAAGACCUCACAGCAAGGCUAACAAACGUAUAAGGGGCGAAAUUGCCUGUGCAGAAUGUCGUCGUCUCAAGAUUCGAUGCGAUAGGAUGGUUCCGUGUUCGACAUGCGUCAAGCGCGGCUGCGCGUCGUUAUGCCCGAAUGGGACGGUACCACCGGGGCAGGGCAGCAGAUUUGUCUUAGCCGCGACCGAACACCUACAAAGCACGCUGAAGAAACUAGAGGACCGUAUGCACUCGCUCGAGGAUGCUAUCGCUAUCGCCUACGGCGCCAAUUCAGACACCCCUCACCCUCUUCUCGUAAAGUGCAAGGACGAGGAAGUCGAAGGAGAGCCUUCAAACCUGAAGAGUGUGAAAGAGGAGGUAGAAGAAAAAGACGGAGAUUCCCCGGCGCUGCUAGAUGCUCUUGGAACGCUCUAUAUCGACCAUGAUGGCUGGAACCGUUUCUUUGGACCAUCUGGAGGUUCAGAGAGCCUACUUAGUAAGCAAAAUGCUCAAAACUGUCCUCUUCCCGAACUCGACACGUCCUACUUGUCUCCGGAGAUAAAUAUGUGCUGUCGAUCGUUCCCCUUCACCCCACAAACGCUCCCCAUAGCCAGCGUACAGUCUUCUAUAGAAUCGUUCUUACCCCCCAUCGAACGCGCGCUGGAACUUUCCGAUAUCUUUAUGGAACAUUUGUCGUGGAUGUUCCAGGUCGUCUCUGCUCGGCAAAUAAAAGAGGUGAUCUACAUCGUAUAUAAGCACAAGGAUAUCGAGUACGGGCCGCAUGACUUGGCGUUAAUGCUAGUCGUCCUCGGUAUUGGGACCCUGGUGGAUUUAAAAUUACAGCCGUAUAAUCUGGAAGCUCAACAUUACUACAGGCUGGCACAGGCAGCGCUGGCGUUGCAACCUGUGUUGGCAGAGCAAUCUAUUGUUUCUAUCAAGGUACUGCAUUUAAUGAGUAUAUAUAAUGGCAUGAGCGGCAAAGAGAGCAACCUGGAGCGGUCAUAUGCGUUGCUCUGUCUUGCAUCUCAGGUUGCGUUGAGGAUCGGGUGUCAUAUCGAUCCUUCUAUGUGGGGUUUUGAAGGCAAAGAGGCAUACGACCGGCGCGUGUAUUUCUGGAACCUCGUCGCCGGCAGCCUUUGGCAGUGCUUAGUGACAGGACGUCCGCCCGUCAUUUUGUCCGAAUUCAUAGAUUGUAAGAUCCCUACCGCCGAGGAGGAGAAUACCUUUCAACACGGAGAAGUUCCUUUAGGUUUCGGCAUUUGGGGAUUUAGGGCAAGUCGCGAAUGCCUUGUACAUGUCGUAAAGGCCAGUUUGGCCGUAAAACCCCCGUCCUAUGAGAGCAUACUCGAGCUAGACCAAAAAAUCCGGGAAUUUGCUUCACCGCGUCCAUCCGAGAUGCCGGAAGCCUCUACGCCCUUGUCAAUGAGAACUUUCGUACGUUCUCAUUAUAAGGAGCUAAUGCUGCUAUUCCUCCAUCGAGCCUUUUUCACUCAAGCAAUGACCGAAUAUCCCACCAAUCCGUUGUUAAGCCCUCAUGCGAAAUCGGUAAUUACGGCGUAUCAGAGUGCUUGUGUCGUUCUGCAGGACACGCGCAUACAGUUUAUGAAAAAGCCGUUAUUAUGCACUAGGGUGUGGAGAAUAUGGACCUUGGCGUUUACAGCAGCGGUGGUAGUUGGAACUGUUGCGAUCCGAGGAGCUCAUAUGAAUCUUGAACCUACUGCCUUAGAAGAAUUUGAGGCCGCAUGUACGAUGUUUAGGAGCGCUGCUGACACCAGCCCACGUGCUGCCCGGGCACUGCCCAUCCUGGAGCCAAUGCUUCAGAAGGCCCGCGAAACGCGACGCGACUCCGGCGUGCUGCGGUUCGCAGAUUCGAGUUCUGAAGAUGACAUUUCGAUAUUCGCUGGACGACCGACAGUACUACACCCCACAGAGCCCGAUGAAUCGUAUACGAUCACGAAUCCUCAGGGUCUCUCAGUCCCACCCAAACGAUUCCACUCGGAUCCACCGUAUCUGCCUUCGCAUGCCCAAAGGCCCAUCCAGACGACAGUCAACCUACCGCCGCUGAUUGCGCCCAUAUCUGAAUCAGGACACUUGCCACCCUCUCUGCAGACACUUCUGCAUCACCCGGAACACCAAACGACGUUUGCUGACUUGUCAGCCGGAUGGGAUGGUUUGUUCCACGAAACGCCUGCUCCUCAGGCUUUGUUGUAUAACACCUCAAGCCCACAGACGGAUUAUCCACCUCUCAAUAUGAGCGAACCUGCAAUGCUCGAUGACCGAUGGUCGUAUUUCAUGCACAGCUAUGGAAUUUUGGACGACCCUCGGUAGUUUAACUACGGAAUUUGGGUUUGAAUUAUUUGGUCUCUUCGACCACUUCGUUUCUUAUGUAUUGUAGGCCAUCUGGGGCCAUCGACAAAUGUUGUAUCGUUUUUCUUUCCCUGACGAAUCCUCACCUUUUAGCUGAUAUUAUUGUAGCAAAGUUUGUCAUUAAUCGAUCAGAAGUAUGAAAUGCAAGUACAAUCAUUGCUAUAUCGCGACAGGGUAUCGUAAAAGCUUGGUAUUGCAAAGGAUGAAGUCGUUGAUUCGAGUUGACCAGGGUACCUUUGAGGCACGUAGGUACUAGGUAGACGUCAGACCAGGCUGGAUAUGGUAUCGAAGCACAAGUACGAAAAGCUCACCAAAAUGCAAAGAGAUGUUCUAC